AGCAAGUGCGUCUUUUUUCGUUCGCUCUUGCUCCUCCUGGUUCCCCUUUUCCCUCUCUUUAUAUUUUCUUCGCAAGCACAGGUAAGAGACUGAGAGGGAGAAGUGGAAGUCGAGGUGCCUGCAAUGGCGAAGAACUUGAAGUUUCUGCCUCUGUGUGUUAUGGGCUUUCUUGUGCUUCUCGCAGGUGGCCUGGGGUGGAUUGGUGCCGGAGGAAAGAUCUCUGCUGCCAGGACUACUGGAGCAGCUAGGCGGAGUUUAAUCGAGAAGGCAGAGAGCGCAAAUUUUUCUACCACAGCGAGGUCUGAACUGGGGCCGGUGAUCGGGGCUGUCGACGAUCCAGAGAAGGUUGCCUCUGAGGUUCACAUGGCGAUCAACGCAAGCACGACGAGGCGCAACCUGGCUUUCCUGUCAUGCGGCACCGGAAACCCCAUCGAUGACUGUUGGCGCUGCGAUCCUAACUGGCAGACAGAGCGCAAGCGGCUCGCCGAUUGUGGCAUUGGUUUCGGUCGCAACGCCAUCGGAGGCCGCGACGGACGCUACUACGUCGUCUCCGACCCAAGCGACGAUGAUGCAGUGAACCCCCGGCCAGGGACUCUCCGUCAUGCCGUGAUCCAGGAUGAGCCGCUCUGGAUCGUGUUCAAGCGCGACAUGGUGAUUACUCUGAAGGAGGAGCUCAUCAUGAACAGCUUCAAGACCAUCGACGGCCGUGGCGUCAAUGUCCACAUCGCCAACGGAGCCUGCAUAACCAUACAGUUUGUGACCAAUAUUAUCAUCCACGGGCUUCAUAUCCAUGACUGCAAGCCCACCGGAAACGCCAUGGUGCGAAGCUCACCUUCGCAUUAUGGUUGGAGAACCAUGGCUGAUGGAGAUGGGGUUUCCAUCUUCAGCUCGAGCCAUAUUUGGGUUGAUCACUGCUCGCUCUCCAACUGCGCCGACGGACUCGUGGACGCUAUCAUGGGGUCGACGGCCAUUACCAUCUCCAACAAUUACUUCACACACCACAAUGAGGUGAUGCUUCUGGGCCACAGCGAUUCCUACGACAGAGACAAGGCGAUGCAGGUUACCAUAGCUUUUAAUCAUUUUGGAGAGGGUCUUAUUCAGCGAAUGCCAAGAUGCAGGCAUGGCUACUUCCAUGUGGUCAACAAUGAUUACACUCACUGGGAGAUGUAUGCAAUUGGUGGAAGCGCAGAUCCCACCAUCAACAGCCAGGGCAAUCGAUAUCUCGCUCCGACUAACCCAUUUGCCAAAGAGGUGACGAAGAGGGUUGAAACAAAUCAAAACAUUUGGAAGGGGUGGAAUUGGAGGUCAGAGGGGGAUCUUCUUCUCAACGGAGCCUUCUUCACUCCCUCCGGCGCUGGGGCAUCUGCGAGCUAUUCAAGAGCAUCAAGCCUUGGCGCCAAGUCUUCUUCCAUGGUGGCAUCCAUCACCUCCGGCGCCGGAGUUCUUUCCUGUCGCGCCGGAUCUCAAUGCUAGUCUCUGCGUCAAUUACAAGAAUGCAAAAAACAGAAACCUCUUGAAUUGGACGAUAUCAUUAAGAGUUUUCUUUGAUUUUUUUUUUUUUUUUUGAAGUUUAAAGGCCGGUUACAGUAUUAUCCAGGUCACAAGUUGUAACCUCCCCCUGCUUCUACUGUAACUCUGAAGAUAUGAAGCAGGCGUGGACGCGUUGCUGAUUUGAUUUACCAAACCUUUAUUUUAAGAUUAAGCCUGCUGCCUGUGUGGUGCCAAUUACCACUUGUUCUACCUCUUACAGUCACUAUCCUCAUUCUAUGAUAUUGAAAAUGGAUACAUUGCAAACUUGUUUGAAUUAA